UUUCUCUUCUCUCUCUCUCUCUCUCUCUCUCACGAAACCACUUGUGUGUGACUGUGUUGUGUUCCAAAAAAUCUCUCUUCUAAGUUCUAACUCUCUCCGCUUUCUCUCUCCUAAUUAGGGUUUCUUCUUCUGCUUUCUCCGCACAGCACACAACACACUCUUUCCUCUUCAAUUUUUCCGUUUCAAUGCCUUUCAAUUCUUCCGUUGAAUCUUCAACAGUGCCUUCUUUCAUUCUCCACCAAAUUCCUCAUUCGAUUCGCAUCCGAAAUUCACUCAUUUGACACCGCCGGCUUCUGUUGGAAAUGGCUCCCAGCCGGAGAAAGGGAGUUAGCAAGGCGUCCGCCGCCGCUGCCGCUCGCCGCCAAUGGAAGGUGGGCGAUCUCGUCCUCGCAAAGGUUAAAGGCUUCCCUGCGUGGCCUGCCACGGUGAGUGAGCCAGAGAAGUGGGGUUACAAUGCUGAUUGCAAGAAAGUACUUGUUUACUUCUUUGGAACCCAACAAAUAGCUUUCUGCAAUCCAGCUGAUGUCGAGCCAUUUACAGAGGAGAAAAAACAGUCUCUUAUUCUCAAACGUCACGGAAAGGGUGCUGACUUUGUUCGUGCUGUACGAGAGAUUGUUGAUAUUUAUGAUAGGUUGAAGAAAGAGGCUCAACUUGAUGAAGCUAGGUCUGAUGUUGAAUUUGCUAAUGCAAAUGUUUCAAAUUCACUUGAUUCAUCUGCCAAGGAUCAGAAUGACUCGUCCACCAGGGAUCAGACAGAUGCUCCUGAGUUGGCUAUUAAUUUAUCAUUGAAAUCAUCAAAUUCCGUCACGAACAGACAUGAGCUGGCUUGUGCCACUGAGAAUGAUUCAGCUGCAGCAUUGGAGGAUGGGUCUCGUGGAAAUGUGGCAUCCUUGGAGGAUCCUACUGAUAAUACCGUUGCUGGAAAAUCAUCGAAGACUGUUACUUAUUCCUCUCGAAAAAGAUCUUCUGGCAACUUGCACUGUCAGGGCAAUGGAGCUCAAAGUCAUGCACCUUUACGAAAGUCCAGAAGCUUGUCAUGGGUUCAAAACUCUGCAAUACAUGGCAGUGAUGGUGGAAAGCAUGCUGGUGAUCUGUCAGCUGAUGCAGAUCUGAGUGCAUCCACAAGAAGGAAUAAAUGUAGCAGGAAAUCACCUGAUCUUUCAAGCUGUGAUGAUUUUGGUUCAUCUGCUCGAGUCUCAAAUGAUAGCAUGGAUGAUGAUUCUGAAAUCCUCACAAUUGAUUCUGAGACAUUUAGUCUGAAUGAGGGCAGUACAAUAGAAUCAAAUUUUAAACAUGAAAAAUCUGAGGCUACUGAAUACUCAGAAGUUGGGUUGAGCAAAGGACAUGUUGAUACAAAGGCUGUAGUUAACAAGAAGAAAAGAAAACCAAAUAGGAAAAGGGAAACCAAUGAUGCCGCCAAGCCGAUCAGUAGAGUAGAGGAGAAUGCUGGCAGUGUGCAGAAUUCCAGUCAAAUUUCACAAAAUAUUUGUGGAAAUUCAGAAGAGAAAUGCAUUGAGCAAGAUGGAGAUGAACACUUGCCCCUUUUGAAACGAGCUAGAGUGAGAAUGAGUAACUUAUCAUCUACAGAGGUAGAAUUCAGCAACAUUAUUCGAGCUCAAGAAACAACCUGUAAAGAAGAUAUUAAUUCACAACAGCAGAUGGUCACAUCUUCAAAUUGGGAGAACAGUCCUGCCGAUGGAGACUCAUCUGUAUUAAAUGGAGCUAUGGAUAAUGUUUCUCCUUCAAAAGUAUUAGUUACAUGUUUUGAGACUCAGAUUUGUAAUCCUAAGAAGGAAGAAUCACUGUGUUCUGUGGACGGUGAGGCUGCUUUACCUCCAUCGAAACGCCUUCAUCGGGCUUUAGAAGCCAUGUCAGCUAAUGUUGCUGAAGAAGGCCAAACUCAUAUGGAAGUGUCAUCUUCCAUAAUAACAUCUAGUGUUACAUGUGUAUCUUCUAUUGAGAGGUUUCUGUGUAUCGCCAGUAAUAAUCAUGAAGAUAAUGAUGUAGGAUUGAAAGCUUUGGAUACUUGUGGCAUUGGUUCUUCCGAAAUUAAUGUGCAUGGCAUCUCAACCAGUUCAAAUCCGUUGAUUUCAACAGAGAAUAAAGCAUCAUUACAAGUGGAUAAGAUGUUGACCAAGUUCAGGCAACAUGAAAUUGGGACUGAUGGCAAUACACCUGCUUCAGAUCAAGUUGUUGAUGAUACAAAUAAUUAUGUGGUUUGCCACACUGCUGAAACAGAAUCCAAAAGGGAAACUUCUCCUAAUCUUGAUUCAAAAUAUCCUGAAGUUGGCAGCAACUGUGACUUGUCAAAUUUAUCAUUACCACCAAAUGAAGACAAAACCCAAACGUCAAGUCACUCAAAUAAUGCUUCUGAUGGAUCAGAACAUAAUGGGUUGAGUCUUGAUCCCAUGGCAUGUUCCAAUGAAAAAAGUAUUCCUUUACCUGAAGACAAUGUUGAAGUGCUUCAGCAGAAUGAGGUUGCUGUUUGUGAGGAUAAAGGGUGCUUGAAGACAGCAGUUGUUCACUGCAACAAAUCAAAUGAUGUGAGUGAGGCUGUGAAUGAGAUAACUUGUGAAGGAGCAGAAGAGGACAUGAAUUCUGUUUCAACAUCUGAUGGCUGUUUGGGUGAAAAGGGUAUUUUGGACAUACGUUUGAGCCCACCAUUGACUGAUGGGUGUGAUUGCAUUCCACCUGGAUCACCUCCAAAUAUGUCAGUAUGCAAUGUUUCUACAUCAGACAGUAGUAAUAUUCUUCACAAUGGAAGCUGUAGUCCAGAUGUACAUUUACAUCAGAAGCAAACAAUAUCUAGUCAUAUAGGUGUAGAUAAAGAUGGGUUUGUGGCAACUCAAGAAUCAAGUUCUAUGGGAAAGCCAACUGAAGCAGGACGUGCUGCUUUGUUGUACUUCGAAGCAACCCUUGGGACAUUGACAAGGACAAAGGACAGUAUUGGUCGAGCUACACGCAUAGCGAUUGACUGUGCAAAGUUUGGCAUUGCAGAUAAGGUUAUGGAGAUUCUUGCCCACAAUCUAGAAACUGAAUCAAGCCUGCAUAGGAGGGUGGAUUUGUUUUUUCUUGUCGACUCUAUUGCACAAUUUUCUCGAGGAUUGAAAGGUGAUGUUUGUGGAGUAUAUCCAUCAGCUAUCCAAGCAGUCCUUGCACGGCUCUUGUCUGCUGCUGCUCCUCCUGGAAAUAGUGCACAAGAAAAUCGCAGACAGUGUCUUAAGGUUUUAAAGGUGUGGUUAGAGAGAAGAAUCCUACCUGUGUCUGUUAUUCGCCAUCAUAUACGUGAACUGGACUCAUAUAGCAGUUCAGCUCCUGCAGGUCUAUUCUCUCGACGAUCAUUGAGAACAGAGAGGGCCCUAGAUGACCCUAUUAGAGACAUGGAGGGUAUGCUUGUUGACGAAUAUGGAAGCAACUCAAGUUUUCAGCUACCUGGAUUCUGCAUGCCUCGCAUGCUUAAAGAUGAGGAGGAAAAUGAAGGGAGUGAUUCUGAUGGAGGGAACUUCGAGGCUGUCACACCAGAGCAUAAUUCUGAAGUACAGGAAAUGACUUCUACAGUUGAAAAACACAGGCAUAUCCUGGAAGAUGUUGAUGGUGAGCUUGAAAUGGAAGAUGUGGCACCGUCUUGUGAUGUUGAAAUGAAUUCAUUUUGUAAUGUGGUAGCAGGAAAUACCACUCAGUUUGAUAAUCCUCUCACGUCCUUUGCCCCAGCUCAGGAUGUGCCUCCGUCUCUCCCACCCCCACCACCAUCCACUCCUCCCCCACCCCCACCCCCACUACCGCCACCGCCACCGCCACCUCCAAUGCUACAUCCUGUCUCAUCUACCUUAGAUCCAUAUGGAACAGUAGUGAAUUCAAAAGUGUAUACAGAUUCGCAGAUGCAGAUGCAGAUGCAGAAAGACAACGCACCCCACUCUAUGGCUCAGCCAUUGGCUGCACCAAGGUGUAGCCAGCCUAUAAGUGAUGCAAUGCAAUAUCAAGUCUCUGAUUGUAGAGAAAUACCAAUGUCAGAUUCUAAUUGCUCCUUCAACAGUUAUCCUGUACCACCCACUGACAAUUUUCGACAUUCAGACAAUAUGCACAACAACGGAUACUCUAUUAGGCCUCCACAACAUGUUCCAUCCAAUCAGUUCUCUUUCGUGCAUGGCGAGCAGCAUGUGAAGCACCACCACCAAAGGGAUUUUCCACCACCCUCUUCAUAUUCUAAUAGACCACACUUCAUGCAGAACAUGGAGAGGGAUAACUUAUAUAAUAAUCAUGAGAGAAUGAAACAACCUCCAUAUGAUUACCGAGAGGGAUGGGAUGUUCCUCCACCUUAUUCUGGUCCUUGUUAUCACGACAAGGGGGCGCCUCCCCCGUAUGGUUGUCAUCCAUGUGAAUCAAGUAGAAUACCCGGCCAUGGGUGGAGAUUUCCUCCCCGAUCAAUAAAUCAUAGGAACUCCAUGGCUUAUAAACCACCCUUUGAGGACGCUAUUCCAGUGACAAACAGAGGUCCAGGCUUUUGGCAGCCGAGGUAAUCUGAAAUCACCAAGAAAUCAACCCCGUCCGGUAUACUUACACGGUCAUCCGCAAAUUGUCCUUCCUUCUUGUGAUUAAAAUUUCACUGCCUUUUAAUUUAAGGUGUGACCUACUUUUUGGCCUGAGCUAUGGCUUUGUUUAUUUCCCCCAUCAUUCUGUACAUGCAAUAUUCCCUUGAACUCUCAGCAGAAUUUGCAAUGUAUAUGUGAAUGAUCCAACUUAGAUUUGUAUAUAUAUAUUUUAGCCUCUUCUGCAGAGAUAGCAGGGCAGGAACAGUCACUGUAGAGUUGUUGGAGGGUUUGUACCUACUUAGGUUGUCAAAGUCCCAAAUUUUUUAGCCCCAAAAGUUCUAUAAUUUAUUUAAUGGGAGCCCUUAUAGAAGUUAGAUCAAUAUCUAUAUCUAUAAUAUAAUUUUCUUGUGA